AUGAUUACCGUGAUAUUGAAAUCCAACACUUUUAGCUGUCUUAAGCAGUCCAGUGGGGUGGUGGUGUACUGCAAUCAUAAAGAACUUGGUUGUCUGUAUCUCAUAACCGGAGUCAUCUUCAGUAUUCUAGGAACUAUAAUGUCUUUGUUUAUUCGAUUUGAGUUAUACAGUUCUGGAUCGCGGAUCAUUUGUACAGAGACGAUAGCUACUUAUAAUGUGAUAAUAACGAUACAUGGCCUAGCUAUGAUCUUUAUGUUCUUAAUGCCUGCUUUGUACGGAGGAUAUGGUAACUUCUUUGUACCAAUAUAUAUUGGUGGUUCGGAAGUCGUUUUCCCAAGAACUAACGCGAUCUCCUAUUUUCUAGUACCAUUAGGUUCUGUGUUGUUAACUCAAAGUAUUUGUUCCGAGUUUGGUAGUGGUCUUGGUUGGACAAUGUAUCCUCCACUAAGUACUAGCUUGAUGGUGUUAAAUCCAGAGGCAACUGAUUGGAUUAUCGGAGGUCUUGCAGUACUAGGAAUUAGUAGUAUUUUAAGUUCUAUUAACUUCCUUGGUACUUGCGUCUUCAUGGGUUCUAAUGCUGGUGCUAAGAACUAUAUUCUAUAUAUCUGGGCUAUCAUAUUUACUGCCCUUAUGUUAGUCUUCACUCUACCUAUUCUUACUGGUGGAUUAGUUAUGAUCCUUCUUGAUCUACACGUAAACACUGAAUUUUAUGAUUCUAUGUAUUCUGGUGAUAGUGUACUUUAUCAACAUCUAUUCUGGUUCUUCGGACAUCCAGAGGUAUACAUUCUAAUUUUACCUGCUUUUGGUGUAGUCUCGCAGACAUUAUCUAUGUAUGCUGCUAGAUCUGUCUUCGGUGGACAAUCUAUGAUCUUAGCUAUGGGUUGUAUUUCUAUUCUAGGUUCCUUAGUAUGGGCACAUCAUAUGAUGACAGUCGGUCUAGAGGUAGAUACCAGAGCUUAUUUCUCUGCUAUGACUAUUAUGAUUGCAAUUCCUACCGGUACUAAGAUUUUCAACUGGUUAGGUACCUAUAUGGCUAGCCAUACAACUACAAGAACUGUAGAUCUAUGGGCUGCUCUUAGUUUUAUCCUAUUGUUUACUCUAGGUGGUACUACAGGUGUAGUUAUGGGUAACGCUGGUAUGGAUAUUGCCCUACAUGAUACAUACUAUAUUGUAGCUCAUUUCCAUUUCGUAUUAUCUCUUGGUGCAGUACUAGCUACUAUAUGUGGCUUUAUCUUCUAUAGCAGAGAUAUGUUCGGAGAUACUGUAAAUCUAUUCUAUGUAAAUACCGGUGCUUCUCCAUAUUUAAGCAUCUGGUUUGUAGUCUUCUUAGGUAGUAUCUUAUUAAUUUUCAUCCCUAUGCAUAUACUUGGUUUCAACGUUAUGCCAAGAAGGAUACCAGAUUACCCUGAUUAUCUUUGUUAUAUUAAUACAUGGUGUUCAAUUGGUUCUAUAUCCACAAUAGUUAUCAUCUUAACUAUGCUCUGCAUUAAAUUCACUUUGGUAGUCCCCUUCUUAAUGUUAGUCUGUACGGAAUACUUAGGACUAUCUCUUUAUAUUAAUGAUAAUGCAUUUGGUAAUGGACUUUUCAUCUUAACUGGUAUACAUUUUAGCCAUGUUAUUGUUGGAGCUAUCCUUGUAUUCUUCACUCAAAGUAUCUAUAGUUCUUUAGUUACUUACAUGCCUACAAGUUCUAUAAUGCUAAGCAAAUCUAAAGAUAACUCCAUACCAGUGAACCGGUUUAUAACUCCGUUCAUAUCGUACCUGAAUGGUACUUUUUAG